AUGGCAACUUUUGUAGAAAAAAUUUGUUUCAUCAUUUUGAUCCUCAUUGCAUUCCAAUCUGUUUCGGCAACGAAACAUUCAAUCAUAGAGUCGAAACCAUGCAAGAGGUUCGUGCUCUAUUACCACGACAUCCUUUUCAAUGGCACUGAUGUGGCAAAUGCUACAUCUGCUAGGGCAGCAAAUGGGACGGGGCUCGGCAACUACCAGUUUGGUAUGCUGGUUGUCUUCAAUGAUCCUCUGACCAAAGACCACCAUCUUCUGUCUCCUGCCGUCGGAAGAGCUCAAGGCUUCUUUUUCUAUGACAUGAAGGACGACUACACUGCCUGGUUUGCCUACACUUUGGUGUUCAACUCGAGCGAGCACAAGGGUACACUCAAUAUCAUGGGGGCGGAUUUGAUGUAUGCCGAGACUAGGGAUCUUUCAGUGGUUGGAGGAACGGGAGAUUUCUUCAUGGCUAGAGGGAUUUGCACAUUCAAGACUGAUACUUUUCAGGGUGCCAACUAUUUUCGUCUCCAAAUGGACAUCAAGUUGUAUGAAUGUUAUUAACUAGUCUACUAUAUGAUAGCAUGCUACAUAGCUUGCUUAUGGCUGAUAUACAACAUGCACUCCUUCUCAUA